CUCGACGAGCGAGGGAAAAAUCGCAGAGUCGAAAAUACGACGAUAUCUUGUUGACGUACGCCCGCUUGUACGCUGUACAGUAUCGACAAAAAUAAUACCGCUUUCAGCUGUGAACCGCGACAAUAUUUAUACAAACAAUUGUAAAUGAAACAUACAUUAUUUUUAUCCCUUACGUAAUGAGCGUUAAAGUAUGAUAACUAAAAUGUGUUCAGUUUUAUCAUAAUAAUAAAAACAGUGUUGUGUGUAAAUUGUAAUAUUUCGAAUUAUGACUGUUUGAAGACACGUGUAGUGCUGUAAUCGAUUUGCAUCUAUAAUGUCGCUGAAGAAAGAGUCACGUACUGACGUGCAGUUCCACCUGGCAGCGCUGCGAGGUGACUGCGACAGGCUGCGGCAACUACUAGACACAGGGAAGGUGCACAUCGACUCCAGAGACAGGGAUGGCACGACACCGCUGAUCCUGUCAGCUGCGAUGGGUCACACGGAGUGUGUGCGCGAGCUACUGGCGCAGGGCGCCGACCCGGCCUGCAGCAGGACGACGGGAACGAGUGCUCUGUUCUUCGCAGCGCAGGGCGGGUUCCUCGACAUCGCGCGGCUACUGCUCGAUUCAGGAGCUGCUAUCGACGCUCCUAGCAUGGACGGUGGCACACCGUUGUUUGUGGCGUGCCAGUGUGGUCACCUGCCAGUCGUCGACGAGCUCAUCCGGAGGGGAGCCAACGUCAACGCUUGUAUGAAGGACAAAGCGAGUCCCCUGUUCAUAGCGGCGCAGAACGGGCACGAGGAGGUGUGUCGCGCGUUGGUCCGCGCGGGCGCCGCGGUGGACGGCGCGCGCGCUGACCGCGCCACGCCGCUGUGGAUCGCCGCGCAGUGCGGGCACCAGCACGUCGCGCGACUACUGCUCGCUGCCGGCGCUAGUGUCGACCAUGUACGACAGGACGGAGCCACACCCCUCUUCAAAGCCGCUCACAAGGGUCACGCUGCCGUGGUUGUCGAACUGCUCAAAUACAAACCAAACCUUGGAUUGCUUCCCAACGGUCAAUCUGCUCUCCAUGGAGCAGCUAUGUUCGGUCAGCUAUCCUGCGUCCGUCUGCUGGCGCGGCGCUCGCAGUUGUCGCUGCGGAACUCGAGCGGACUGACGGCGCUGCAGGCCGCCGCCGCCGCCCGCAAGCACGACGUCGUCACCUACCUGCGCAGCCUCGAACACGAACUCGCACACACAUGAUGUCGCCACCAACGCCACACAUACACACCGGACUCUUGAUCGUUACCGUCUUAUACACAGUUGGGAUCUGGCAUUUACUGCGAGUUACUGUUCCACCAUAUUCGUUACCCUUCCAAUCCAAUCCAAGAAGUAUUUUUUGAAUGAUAACAAAUAUCAUUGUUGAUUUUAUCCACAAGCGCAAGAUUAUGCUUCGUAUAUAUUUUAAUUAUAACACAGUAGUAAAUGACAGCGCCCAACUAAGAGACGAAUCAUUUGUUAUAAAUCUCACACGUGGUUAACCGGUCUGCAUACAAUCUCGUAUUCCUAACUAUAGUUACUAAAACUGAAUAUUUUGUAUGAUGUACUCGCAGCCAUACUUGUAUAGCUUUACCCACUCGCCUUAAGCAAUACCUCACCUUAUACUAAAUAGUUGUACAUUCACUCUACCUUAGUAAACGGUAGCAAUUUUCAUUAAAAUAGACCAUUAUUUUUACCUAGCAAGUACCAUGUUCUAACU